ACUUUUAGUAGAGACGGGGGUGUCGCCAUGUUGGCCAGGCUGGUCUCCUGACUUGAGGUGAUCCACCCACCUUGGCCUCCCAAAGUGCCGGGACUAUAGGCAUGAGACACCACGCCCAGCCUUUUGUUGUAUAUUCUUUGGACACAGAGGGAAAACGUGUUUUUCUAGAAUUAGGAUUUAACAUCGUGAAGAAUUUUGUCCAGUGCAUUUACAUUAAUGUCCUUUUCUGCCAAGUUUGUAUUGAGCGUUUCAUUUUUCUAUGUGAUAAAGCAAAAGAUACCAAAAGAUUUUCCAGAAAAGUCACCUUAGUGAGGGCUGCCACUUUCUAAACCACAGUGCUUCCAGGUUGACAUAUGAAGUGCCCAGAGGUACUGUUCUAAUGCUGAGUCCUAGAAGAACCUUUGGGACUUGCUGUUCAAGGUGGCAUAGUGUCAUGUGAACCUGCAGGCUGGCCCUCUUGCCACAGUUAAAACCACAGUCCAGAUGUCAGGUCUUGCAUAGAUGUCUGUGCUGACAUAGUCCCUUUAUGAAAAGAUCUAUUUUGUCAUGUGCUCUGCUGUGAUGAAUAUAAGUGGUCUUGAUGAUUUCAGCCCUUGUCACAUUUACUUUUUCCUGUCAUGUAUUCACUUGAUUCGCUGGCAGGUUCCCGUGGGAAUUCUUUUCAUGGCAUCUUUGUGUUUUGGUGACACCCAGGUGGAUCCAUAAAGAACCCAGCCAACCCGCAGAGGGAGGGGAGGGGCUGAGCUGUGAGGAGAGCGGGGCCCAAGAACCAUGUCUACGCGGGAGUCCUUUAACCCGGAAAGUUACGAAUUGGACAAAAGCUUCCGGCUAACCAGAUUCACUGAACUGAAGGGCACAGGCUGCAAAGUGCCCCAAGAUGUCCUGCAAAAAUUGCUGGAAUCUUUACAAGAGAACCACUUCCAAGAAGAUGAGCAGUUUCUGGGAGCCGUUAUGCCAAGGCUUGGCAUUGGAAUGGAUACUUGUGUCAUUCCUUUGAGGCACGGUGGGCUUUCCUUGGUUCAAACCACAGAUUACAUUUACCCAAUCGUAGACGACCCUUACAUGAUGGGCAGGAUAGCAUGUGCCAAUGUCCUCAGUGACCUCUACGCAAUGGGGGUCACGGAAUGUGACAAUAUGCUGAUGCUCCUUGGAGUCAGUAAUAAAAUGACUGACAGGGUAAGUAGGAGCCACCCAGCUGCUGUCUGUUACCAAGACUACCGAGGCGUCUGGGUGCCAGGUAGGAAACUCACAAUCGGUCAGUCUGAGUUUGAGAACCUGGAGGCAGAAAUCACCAAGACAUUAGACCCACAGAUGGCCAGCAAAUCCACCAAAUCCCUGGGACAAACAAUCCAUCAACACGCCCUUUUUCUUUUCUUCAGGCCGGACAAUGCAGUACCAGGGGAUGUGCUGGUGUUGACAAAACCCCUGGGGACACAGGUGGCAGUGGCUGUGCACCAGUGGCUGGAUAUUCCUGAGAAAUGGAAUAAGAUCAAACUAGUGGUCACCCAAGAAGACGUAGAGCUGGCCUACCAGGAGGCAAUGAUGAACAUGGCGAGGCUCAACAGGACAGCUGCAGGACUCAUGCACACGUUCAAUGCCCACGCGGCCACAGACAUCACGGGCUUCGGGAUUUUGGGCCAUGCGCAGAACCUGGCCAAGCAGCAGAGGAACGAGGUGUCAUUUGUAAUUCACAACCUCCCGGUGCUGGCCAAGAUGGCUGCGGUGAGCAAGGCCUGCGGAAACAUGUUCGGCCUCAUGCACGGGACCUGCCCAGAGACCUCAGGCGGCCUUCUGAUCUGUUUACCACGUGAGCAAGCAGCUCGGUUCUGUGCAGAGAUAAAGUCCCCCAAAUAUGGUGAAGGCCACCAAGCAUGGAUUAUUGGGAUUGUAGAGAAGGGCAACCGCACAGCCAGAAUCAUAGACAAACCCCGGAUCAUCGAGGUCGCACCACAAGUGGCCACUCAAAAUGUGAAUCCCACACCUGGGGCCACCUCUUAAUCUAGACAGAAAUAGCUGUUUGGUUUUGAUUUUAAAUAGAUCUAUUUCCCUUAUCACUUCAAUUAAAGACUAUAAACAACAAAAAUCUCAUUGUGUCUACACAUCGGGGUGACCUUAGGUCUGUUUGUAAGUGGAUACAAUUAAUAAAAUAAAAUCCAUUGCCUUUUUUUCCUGUUACAUUAACUGAAGAUGCACCUAAUCUUGAGGCAGCUUCUGAGUUGAGAAUUAUAUUGUUAUCCAAUACUGUUGAUUCAUUUUGAAUCUUUAGACACUUAUCUCUUGCCGCAUAGGCUCUUUUUAAAGGUGCUUUCACAUAGCACAGACAUUACCAGUAGUCAUGUCAAAUAGCAGUUGGUGUCUUCAUUUUAUGUAUAUUUAUCAUAUAAGUCUGAUUUUUUUUUUUAAGCGUCUUGAAUGGUUUUCUGGAGAGCCAGCAUUGGUAAGUUGCACAUGAUGGUAUCCCAGUCAUAUCCCAGUCAUAGGAGGGUUGCAUGAUUCCUUUGAGUGUUUGAUUUGAAAAGCCUAGUCUUGUCUCUCAAGAGCAUCUUGGACCCAGAACAUUCUCCGGUAGUGCAUUCAUUUCAACACGGCAAGUGCUUCUUCACUGCAUGGAAAACCCUUUGAAGACAAAAAAGAAAUCUUAUUUCUUUUUUUGUAGCCUUCCUGAUAUUUACAGUAAUAUCAUUAACUGUUUUAUCGAUAGCAAAAAAAGAAUACUUUUUGCAAUGUAAUUAGAUGUUCUAUAGUGCUACAAGGAAUUGCCUUCCGAAUGGAGGUUCAUGUAUAAUACUCAUUUACAAUUCAAUAUAUAAUUACACAAAUAAUUUUUAAAUAUAAUCAAUAAUAAAGACUGUUCUGUGGAUGGUAGUGUUUAAUACAUUUUAUAUUUUGUAUAGUGAUUUCAGGCCUUUUGUUUUCUUAAAAUCAGCAGCUGUUUAGCCUAAUUCUUAGCAUUAUUUUGUCCUUUGCGCCAGUACUUUUUUGUGCACGUUUUUUGUGAUCUGUGUUAAAAACCUGCAUUGCCAACAUUGCAGCUCGAACUUGUUAUUCAAAUAAAUAUUUAAUUUUUUAAAUUGCUCUUGUAUAAUCAGAUGCCCCUUUUAGUAUUAUUUUAGAAGCAUUGGGAGGGUUUUGCCUAAAGUACAAUUUAUCGGGAAAAACUAGAUUUUAGUUUUAUAAAACUUUUAAGUCUUUCAUGGGACCUAUAUUUUCUUGAAUUAAAUUUUGUAGUUCUAGAAUAAAUAGGCAAUCUAAAAAGGUGUUAUCUGUGUGUCGUAAAGUGGAGGCUUCCUUAUAUUUUAACCUACUGAGCAAUGAGGAGGGAUUCGUGUCAUUAAGCACAAGGGCACUGGAUCCUCAAGUGCCCACCUUCAUGAGAGAAAAAGCAGCACAUCCUGCAUGUUUCUGGUGCUUCCUGCUCACAGGCAUCAAAGCCGCACAUGUAAACUGACUUUUUGCCAAAGGAAAUGACCCCUGGGAAGAUCAAGCUCUUGGAAGAGGCUUUAACUCGGACGCGACCUCCGGGAACCAGCGGGCAGGGCAGCCUUUAUGCAUAUGUAACUGGACCUCCAGCCAUAAGCAUGGUGUGCAGUUUGGAAGAGCCUGCUACGGAACUGAAAUUGAUUGGACAUUUUAUAGGAAUUGAUAUACAGAUGUUGGUCCUCAAAAGCUGCAAACCAGUGGUCUGCAAAAUAAAAUGUGUUGGAAACCUCUGAGUAAGAU